AAUAAAUUAAAAAAAAAUUGUUGAUGUUGAUGUUGAUGAUGAAAUAUGUUGAUGCAUAUGCGUACUGAAAGCACUGUAUCGAACAGUUCAAUACCGAUACAUGUUGCACCCCGAUUAUAUAUAAUUGAUAAAACAUGAAAUUCAAUAAAUACAAUGGCAUAAAGCAGGCUACAGGAAGAUGCAAUCACAUGUGACUGAAAUGGAACCCUGUUGGGCCUCAGUCACCACAGGAAGAGGAAGUUCUUACAAGAGAAUAUAUCCUCAGUUCAGUCUGAUGCUCAUGCACUCAGCACCAAGACAACAUGGAGGUCAGAUUUCCCACCAUCAGACUCUUGAGGAAUGUUCUGACUCUGUUGGUUAUAGUAGUCGAAUGCAGUGAUUCUCAAACAUACUAUUCAGGUUUUCCUAAAGUUGUUCCGAACAGACAGCAGUUCUUUCAAACAGAACCUAUCACUAUCAGCUGUGAAGGGCUAAAUGGGCUGAUUGGAUGGAGAGUGAUGAAAAAGACAAAAGCAGAUGUUAGAAGAUGUGCUUCAUUCUGGAAAACACCCACUGGACCUUGCAAUAUUAUUAAUGCAUAUCCAUCAACAGACAGUGGAGAAUACUGGUGUGAACAUGGAGAAAUACAAAAAAGCAACUCUGUCAACAUCACUGUAACUGAGAGUCAUGUAAUUCUGGAAAGUCCUGUCUAUCCUGUGAUCGAGGGAGAAAAUAUGGCCUUGCAUUGUAGAAAAAAGGAUUCAACCUCCAACUACACUGCAAAAUUCUAUAAAAAUAGCAUCUCUAUUGGGAGCAGCUCAUCAGGAAACAUAAUGAUUCCGACUGUAUCCAAAUCUGAUGGAGGACUCUACAAAUGUAGUAUUGUCGAUACUGGAGACUCACCACAAAGCUGGCUUAACAUCAAAGGACACGGACUUUCUAAACCCACCGGACUUAUUGUGCUGCGCUCCCUUGGUCUCAUGUGUUUGUUGGUGACUUGUCUUCUGUCGGUGGGACUGCUACGAUAUUGGAAACAUAAACUGUCAUUAGAGGUACUCAAACAGAAAAAUAAAGUUUUAUAAAUUUUACAUUUACAUAUUAACUGUUCAGUUAUAACAGACAUCCAUCGUUAAUAACCUUGACACAGCGCUAGUACAUCCACAACUAACUUUUUUUGACAAAAUUUCUGUUUUACUGCUUAAUUAGUUACUUUAGGGAAAACUUUAUUGAUAUCUACCUCAUAUUUUUCAAUGUUCAUAACCAACCAACAACAAUGAUUUAACACGUUUUUCAUUGUCUCCACACACAACAUAUGCAAUUCAACUUUUUACAAUUAUUAUAGAUGUUGUAAGGCUGUACACUUUUCUUACAAAGGCAU